AUGAGGAAAUUCACCGUGGUUUCCCUUUUAUCACUAACCACCAGCACAUUCGCUGUUCCCUUGGCUGGUGCUGGUGUCAGAUUUUCUGGACCAUAUCCCACAAAAGCAAUCAUUAACCGCGACCAACCUAAAGGAACGGCCAUCGGAGGAGCAAUGAGUACAUUUACUGGCGUCCCCAAGGCUAUUUUCGCCUCAGCAAACAACACCACCACAACCACUACUAUCACCACCACAUCAGGCUCUUAUCCGCCUGAAUUUGUGACCAUUACCGUCAUCAACUCCUACGGAAGCGAUAUUACAACAUCUCACUCAAUUGCCACUGGUGCACCGACGCCAAUCAGUGGCGAUGUAAGCACAGGCACGAUGACAAACGGCGAGACAGCUGCUUUUGCUGUCCCCACGGGCUGGAUUGGAAAUAUCGCUGUCAACGAUGCAAAGUACGCGACUAGCGGAGACGACAGUUUAAUUGAAGCGAACUUUGUUAUACCAUAUAUGGGGACUGUUGCUGUUGUGGAUGUCGACAUCAGCUAUGUCGAUGGCUUUUCAGUACCUAUCGUGUGUUCUUGCAACGAUGUCGUUGUCACAGGCUGCACCCUCGACCUUUUCUCCUUGAGCACAUGCCCAAACAAUGACGGCCAGAAUGCCUGCGUGAACCCACUCCGGGCUGAUAAUCUUGCCACCUCAGCUUCAGACUUCUUCGCACCCUGCGCUGGCAUGGCUUACACUUUCCCCAACGACUCUGCUGCUAACAGCAUGGGUGCGUGCCAGACCGGUCAGAUUACUUGUUGCAUCGGGACCGACUGCCCUGCGAAUCCAAAACAAGGAUAG